AUGAGUGCGUCCAGGUUCAUAAAGUGCGUCACAGUGGGGGAUGGUGCCGUCGGCAAAACCUGCAUGCUCAUAUCCUACACCAGCAACACUUUCCCCACGGUGCCCUCCCUAAGCUCCUCUGAAAAUAAAUUAACAGCGAAUGCCUGUUCUCCGUCCAGUGUCAGCGUCUCUCAUCAUCGUUAUCUUCUUUUUUCCCCUAAAGUGGAUACUAAAUGAAUGUGUGAUUGGAAGGAAGAGUAGCAUACCUGAAUCACACACACAACAAAUGUAUGUGUGAUUCGAAAUCUACUUUAAUGGAAAAAGUCUGAUGCUCAAAUGUGCAGUGUCUUCUCUCUCCUUUUUUUAUGUUCAAUUCCCUACAACAAAGGCAAAGAACUAUUGUGAAUUUCGAUGUUCAGUCUUCAUGUUUCUUCCUUGUAUUUCUUUGACUUCUUCUCAAAUAUUUAUUAAUUUAUUUUUUUAACGUGGAGGGCAGGAUUAUGUUCCAACCGUGUUCGACAACUUCAGUGCAAAUGUGGUGGUGGAUGGGAACACCGUUAACCUGGGUUUAUGGGAUACUGCCGGUAGAGUUGCGCCUGUUAUUUAAUGCAUUACUAAGAAGAAGAGUGAAUCACGGGAUUUGUGGCCUUGGUUACAAUGUUUCUGUCCACAUGCAUCAGGUCAGGAAGAUUACAAUCGACUGAGACCUUUGAGCUAUCGUGGAGCUGAUGUCUUCCUGCUUGCAUUCUCUCUUAUCAGUAAGGCUAGCUAUGAAAAUGUGGCGAAAAAGGUUCAAACACUGCCUCGUUUUGGGUUUUUUUCUUUCAAAAUGCAAAACAUUAUGCGUGAUUUUGCUGAACCCCGUUGUUUCUUUUUUCUGUUGCAGUGGAUCCCUGAACUGAGACAUUAUGCGCCUGGAGUGCCUGUAAUUCUUGUUGGAACAAAACUCGGUAGUUACCACUCCUCUAGAUUUUUCAAAUACUUUUUAUUUGAUUUUAAUCAUGUUGUGUUUCAUCACAUUACUCUUUAAUGACAUUAAUUAUACUGAAUCUUUAUUUUUAUGAAAUAGAAUAUUUCAAGCUUGUUUAUCGAUCACAAAUACUGUUUGAGUUUUCGGUUUGCCCUUUGCCAAUUUAAUUGAUAUAAUAUUUGAGAAUGGUGGUCUAUCAGGUGACAGAAUUUUCAUGGUUUUUGCGGAAAUAUUGAAUUUUUAUUUGUGAUUUUAUAGGCAUCUGGAGAAAAUUUAGUUUCAUGAUGAAAAGUGAUAUUUUAGUUGACGGAUGACUUUUCUUCAUCUAUAUAAUCAUAUGUUUGACAUUGUUUUAUAUUUUUCGGAUUUUGUUUCAAUACAUAUGGCCACGAUUUCAGACACGAAUUGCCCCGAGUGAGGAACCCAAUUGCCAUACAGGCAUGAACUGUUACUUUUGUUUUUGUCCUGAUGUGGAAAAGAAUAUCAUGGAUUAGUGAAUCCUGUAAUUCGAAAGACAGACAUCAAUUCUCCCUCUUUUUGUUGCGUUGAAUAAAAUUUUUCAGGAUCCACUAUGCUGAGGUCACUACCUCUCUUUUUAUAUGAUCAGUCAUUCUCAUCAUAUCUGCAUGACCUCAUUUCUUCCUCCAGUGACCUACAUGCAAAUCUGAUCCAUUUAUCGAUACCAUUCAUAGGUUAUAAGAGGACGAUUCAUUUUCAGUAGAAAUUGGGUGCUCACAUUGGAUGAAGACAUUCUAUCUAAAGCGCACAGGAUUUGAACUCAUGCAUUCAAUCUCUAACCACAGAAAGGAGACAGGAGGAAAACAGCCAGCGCCCUCUGAAAAGGGCCACGUGGAUACACAAAGGGGAUCCAUUUUGAAAGAAAAUAAAUAUGUAUAUAUAUUAAAUCUCCUAGUAAGCGAUCUCCUCCAGUUGUCCCCAUCGUUUCUUUCGAGUGUUCGGUUUCACAAAACGUGCUUUUCAAGUCUCUUUUUGUCGCACUUUCCUCUCUAGAGGCUCCUUUUGUGGGUCUGCUACGGUACAAGAUAUUCAGACUUCCUCUGGACUCUUAACUUCAUUGAUUUCAAACCAAAUUUGUGCUGUUGCCAGAUAAAUUAUUGUGCUUCAUUGUGCAUUUGAAGUAUUUUUAUAUAUUAUAUGUUAAUAUGGUUUAGGUUGACCAAUUUUUGAACGAUAUUUAUUCAUGCUAAGCCUUGUUUGUGAUUAUCUAUUUCUAUUGACAGGUGUUUCUUGGCCAUCUACUAGUCUUGAAAUCCAAUCUUUGCCUUUGAUUGACAAAGAACAUACUGAGUGCUAGAAACUCUGUGAUAUUGGUGUAAAAUCAAUACACGAUGUCCUAAUCAGGAAAGAGAUACACAUGAAUGAUGCAUCUGCCUUUUUAUGUAAGGCUGUCUUGUGAUGGUGAAAAUAAGAUCUCUUGACCUCUGCUGCACCAUGAAAUAGCAUGGCUUUCUCCAUCGUUUCAUUGAAAAUUGGAUUCCCAUCAGUUUUUCAGAUAGUAACUCGGGUGGAUAAAGUGGGGACCUUGAGUCAAUUGAACAUCUGAUAUAGAACACUAGCAAUUGAGGAUUAUUGCUUAAAAUGUAGCUAUUCAUUUGACUCAUUCUCUCCACUGUGUAGCUUUAUUUUUGUAACUGUUCUGGCUUCAUACUUUUCCAUUUUACUGGGACUUUCAAUUUUUAUGAUCUGAAGUGCUAAAAAGCUUUUUGAAAAUGAGAAUGUUUUUAUGCAUCAAAUGUCCAGUUGUGGGGGUGCUGUUAACUACUCAAUUUUUCUUCUCGAGGAAAACUUGGAUGUAUUCUGAAUCAUGUUUUUCCAAAAAAAAUAAUUACUGAAAAAGGGAAUAGCCUCUAUUCUGCCCUAUUUCAGCCACGUAAAAGAUAUUCUAGUAAUAGCAUCUCAUCGGGAAUCGAAUAUGUUUACCUCUUUUUUCUGAGUCAAAUGUUUGUCUUUAGACGUUACUUGGUUUUUUCUGAGUCAUCGGGAUUUUUCGUCUCAUUCAGACGUUACUUGGUUUUUCUUUUUUAGGCUGCUUGACCCCCUUGUAGAUUUGGUUUAUAGAAAAAAGGUGUUACAUUGCUGAAGCCUCACCAGUUUUGGGCGAAUCCUUUCUUGGCGCAUUACUUGUCUACAUUAAGCUUCAUGCCUUUUUGUGCUUUUGACAGAAUACAUGUAUGUUGAACAGAAGUUUGUAGAAAAUAGAACACAAUGUUCCCUGAUAAUACAUUGAUUUUAAUCAACCCUUAUUUUGUAGUUCGUAGAAUUGCAUAUUGUUCUGAUGGGGCCUUUGAUCCAAUGUUUCCACGUUCUUUGUUAAGCGUGGACGAACAUUAGGUAUCAUUUGCAUUCAAUAGUCACACAUAUAGAUGAAAUGGAUCGUCUCUGCAAUUCUUUCAUACCUAAUGCACUUCAUCCCAUGCUUUAUGGGGAUAAUAGGUACGCUAAUUUCGACUAAAAGUCUCCCGCGGUGAUAUUUAUCUGAACGUAAAUGAUCGAGGAGUGAGAAUUGUACAACAAGAAUCUAUUCGAGCAUCAUAGCUGACAUAGAUUCUGGGAGAUCAUGUAACGAGGAAACUAACCCAAAUAAUUAUCAUCCACUUAGGCUGAAUAAGCUCUCAGAACCAGGAGGGUGAGCUAAACUCUGAGAAGGAUUCUUGACGCUUCCCUCCUAUGUGCACCAAAGAAACCUGCAUGAAGUAUCCUCAAUAGGUUCACUAGUAUGAUAAUUUUAGCAUGUUCAGAGCUGAUAUUUGACUCUGAUUUAUGAUGUUGAAGAAAGGAUGAAAGAAACUUAGUAACUUUGGUACGAGGAGCAAAAUCCUGGUGCUUCUUGGUGCAUUGAUAUGCAGAUUUAUGCAUACUUGAAGGUUAUUAUGCACUGAUGAGAGAAAUCGGAUGUUAUUCUCUGUUGUUCCUCUGGAGAGGGACAAACGGUAUCGGUAUUAUUUCGGUAUUAAGCAAAUGGAAACUCUUCUCGAGACCCAGAAACGCUUCAGAACCGCAUUUCAAUAAUGUUCCUUUUUAAUGGGUGAAUAUGAUUACCUGGCUUUAAUGUGAAUGAUGGGGAUUUGACUGGGGUGGUAACCAAACGUGUAGAAUUACAGUCAAACAUGAUCGAAACCGGAUGGACAUUUUGUACUAGCUGUCUGUAUUUAGCUGAACAUACAUCGUCGUCUAUCUCACUUAGCUCUCUCUGCUUCAGUAUCAAUUCUACAAUCCUUUUUGCGAAAUGCUAUCCUCGACAUCACCUCUCUCUCUCUCUCUCUCUCGCUAAGGCGCUCGCGGUGACAGUCCCUUGAUGUGAUUUGCAUUGUGCCUGCAGAUCUUCGGGAUGAUAAGCAGUUCUUCAUCAACCACCCUGGCGCGAUGCCGAUCGCAACAGCCCAGGCGAGAGCCCUCUAACACCAUCAAGUGAAAUUAUCAUUCCAUUUGUUCCGCAGUUAUAGUUUCUCAGAUUCAUUCCUUGUUAUAUAUAAAUGUCCUCCUUUUCCUGCGCCGUCCACCAGGGAGAAGAACUCAGGAAGCUGAUAGGAGCACCCGCUUACAUCGAGUGCAGCUCCAAAACGCAGCAAGUGAGCCCCCUCUUUCUUCUCUGAUCCCCCUCCUCCCUCCCCCGAGCUCAUCUCUUCUCCCGUUCUGUCGUCCCCAGAACGUGAAGGCGGUGUUCGAUGCGGCGAUCAAGGUGGUGCUCCAGCCGCCCAAGCAGAAGAAGAAGAAGAGGAAGGCUCAGAAGGGCUGCUCCAUUCUGUGA